AUGGCUGUCUAUGAGAGACAUUGCUACCAUCCAGAUCUACAUCAACAACCUUCUGAUUUGAACUCCGCUGUUACUACUUACAAUUCUGCUGUCCCUUGUCUUCUCAAUAAGCAUGCACCAAUCAAGAAGCGCAUCAUCACUAUUCGUCCAGACACCAAGUGGUAUACUGCUGAAUUAAACCAGGCAAAGAAUCAUCGUAGGGCCACAGAGCGAAAAUGGCGAGAAACUAGGCUUGAAAUCCAUCAUCAAAUCUACAAAGACACAUGUCGCCAUGUCAACAAGCUAAUACGCGAGACCAAGUGCAGUUACUACACCAACCUCAUUAAAGAAUGUGCCAAUGACCAGAGCAAGCUAUUUAGAAUCAUUUCUACACUGUUCAGCCAAUAUAUUGCUCUACCAACCCACACUUCCACCCAUGAACUCACCAAACGUUUCAGUCAAUAUUUCACUACAAAUAUCAAGGAUAUUCGCACCAACCUGGACACUACUGAUAUUAGUACUCAGUUCACCAAUUUGGAAAUUCAUACUGCAUCAACCCUGCCUUCAUUCACCUCUGCCAAUCCAUUGGAUAUUCGUAAGCUCAUCAUGAAGUCACCUAACAAGUCAUGCCUGCUGGAUCCUCUUCCUACACCACUACUCAAGCCUUGUCUUGAUUCAUUGCUUCCAUAUAUAUCAAUGACUAUUAAUCUUUCUCUUCAAUCCGGGAAGUGCCAGCACUAUUCAAGUCUGCAAUCGUCACUCCACUACUUAAGAAGACAUCACUUGAUCACAAUACACUCAAGAACUAUCGUCCUGUCUCCAACUUGCCGUUUCUCGCCCAAAGUCUUGGAGAGGAUUGUUGCUUCUCAACUGACGGACUAUCUUACUGCAAACUCACUUCUGGAACCACUGCAAUCUGCAUAUAAAAAGUACCACAGCACUGAAACAGCUCUUCUAAAAAUCCAUAAUGACAUUUGUUCUUUCAUCGACUCUGGUAACUACGUAUUACUCUGUCUCCUGGAUCUAUCCGCUGCAUUUGACACUAUCGAUCAUAAUAUUCUGCUCAACAGAAUGUCCAAUCUUGGUGUUACUGAUAUGGCUCUCCAGUGA